ACCCAUCAUGACAUACAAGCUCCACAAAGAGCUGGUCUUGGCUGCCAAGUCCGAGAAUCUGGAUUACAGGCUGGGAGUCAUUCAUGCACUGAUCUAUAAACUGCCUGAGAAGAACAGGGAGAUGUUAGAACUCCUCAUCCAGCACCUCGUCAACGUCUGUGAGCACAGCCGGGAGAAUCUGAUGUCACCGUCCAAUAUGGGGGUGAUCUUCGGGCCUACCCUCAUGCGAGCACAGGAGGACACCGUGGCAGUGAUGAUGAACAUCAAGUUCCAAAACAUUGUGGUCGAGAUCCUGAUAGAGCACUUUGUGAAGGUAUGGGGCAGCCCUGGAGCAGCUCUGGCUGCUCCAGCCUGCUCCUGCAGACUGUUGCUGAGGCAACACCGCAGUGCUCUGGCUCCUUCUGGAGUCUCCUUGGGCUGGCUUUAUUUGCUUCAGGAAGAAGCAAAUAGUAGCAGAACUGUUUAAACUUGCUCUGGA